AUGAGAAUUAUGUUUGAUUCGGGAUCAACAAAAUCUUUCAUUAACCAAAUAGCAUUAAAACGUAUACAACAUUUAUCAAUUCAUUUUAAUCAACAGCAUUAUGUUAUGGCAGAUGGUCAUACACCAUUUGAAGUUAUUGGUACAGUAAGAAUUUUUAUUGAAAUGAAUCAUAUAAAAACUAACAUACUAGUUGGUGUUGUUAACUCUUUAUGUACAGAUUGUAUUCUAGGUAUGGACUAUAUUAAUAAAUAUAAAGUUAAUCUUAAUAAUAAACAAAAACAAGUUCAAGUUUAUACAGCCUCACAAAAAAUUACAAGACCAAUGGAAGAUCCAUCUGAAAAAAUUCGAAUUAUUUGUCGUACGAAAAAAUCUGAAUAUUUACAUCCAUAUGAAGAAAAACAAUUAAAAAUUAUUUCACAAGUAUCUUUUGGGCAAUUAUUAUUUUCUCCUGCUUAUCAUAUUACUCACAUACGAGGUUUAAUUAUACCACAUUCGUUAAUUUCUAUAAAAAAUCACACAGCUUUUAUUUCUGUUUAUAAUCCAACAGCUAAGCCUUGUUAUUUAAAUAAAAAUAUUAUUAUAGGUAUUGUUACACCUUUAUCAUCUAAUAAUGUUUCUACUGUUUUUGAUCCACAUACAAACAAUAACUUUGAUGAUGAUAAACCCAAUUCAUUAAAUCCACUUGGUCAACAACAUAUUGAUUCCUUAAUUACACAUAUAAAACAUCAACAACAAUUGACUGAAUUAAAGGCUGUUUUAGAAAAGCAUUCAUCUUUAUUUGAUACAUCCAAAACAACUAUUGCUGAAACAUCAACACCUCAUGUUAUUUGUACUGGUAAUAAUCCACCAACAACAUCUCGACCGUAUCCACAAACUAUUGAUAAACAAAAUGCAACCUUUGAUAUUCUUCAACAAAUGUUAAAACAUAAACAAAUUCGUGAGUCACAUUCUCAAUACUCAGCACCUGUUCUAUUAAUUAAAAAACGUGAUGGCUCAUAUCGAUUUAUUGUUGAUUACCGUAAAUUAAAUAGUAUAACUAUUCAAGAUAAUUAUCCAUUGCCUAAUCUUGAACAAGCUAUACAAAUGGUUGGUGGCCAUCAAUAUUAUACAAAAUUAGAUCUUCGUUCAGGGUAUUUUCAAAUACCUAUUCGUGAAGAAGAUAAACACAAGACGGCUUUUAUUACUGUUCAUGGACUUUACGAAUUCAACGUUUUAGCACAAGGUUUAAAAAACAGUUCACCAUCAUUUCAACGAAUCAUGUCAAAUUUAUUAUUACCAUGCAAAAAAUUUUGUUUAGUUUAUUUGGAUGAUAUAUUAAUUUAUUCUGAUUCAUUUAUACAACACAUAGACCAUUUAAAUCAAGUAUUAGCCGUUCUCAACAAGCAUAAAUUUCAACUCAAUCCACAAAAAUGUGAAUUUGUAAAAACAAACAUUGAUUAUUUAGGUCAUACAAUUAGUAUUCAAGGUAUUAAACCAUUACAAGAACGUAUUGAAAAAAUUUUAGCUAUUCCACAACCAACAACAUUACAUCAAGCAAAUGCUUUUAUAGGUGCCAUUGGGUGGUAUCGUAAAUUUAUUAAAGAUUAUGCAAAAUUAGCUGCACCAAUAUUAGCAGUUACAAAUUUAACUAAACAAAAUAAAUAUAAAUUUAAAUGGGACAUACCACAAAAAAAAGCUUUUACUCAAUUAAAAACAGCUAUUACAUCUGAACCAUUAUUUUUAACAUAUCCUGAUCCAAAUACACCUCUCAUGUUAGCAACUGAUGUAUCAGAUUAUUGCAUUGGUGGUGUUCUAUAUCAAGAAAUUAAUGAUGAAAGAAAAAAUAUUUAUUUUUAUUCUCAAAUGUUACCAAAAUUACAACGAAAAUGGCCAACAAUUGAAAAAGAAGCAUUGGCUAUCUGUUAUUGUGUUACUCGUAUGAAAUUAUAUUCACAAGGUCAUGAAUUUAUUGUUCAAACGGAUCAUUGUCCAUUACGUGAUAUGCAUUUAAAACCAUCAAAUAAUCGUCGUGUUGAUCGUAUAUCAUUAGUACUACAACAAUACAAUAUUAAAGAAAUUCGUCAUGUAUCAGGUAAAUGUAAUUGUAUUGCUGAUUAUUUAACUAGUGCUGUCACCACUCGUGCUCAAGCAAAAGCACAAACUAAUCCACAAAAAUUAAUUGAUACUAACCCUACUUCUGUAACAACAUCAUCAACAGAUGAUCAAUCGCAGAAAGUGGUUGGUCAUGCGUUUGAUGUGUCUGUUAUUGCCAAAGCCCAAAAAGAUGAUAAACUAUAUCGGGAAAAAUUAUUAGAAAUAAAUAAAAAGCAAACCAAUUGUUUAUAUGUAUUAGAAAAUGACAUGUUGUAUAAAAUAAUUAAUCGUGGUAUAUUUCAACAAAAAUUAAUUUAUGUUUCAUCAGCAAUGGUUCCACAAUUAUUAAAAGCUUAUCAUGAUAGUCCUUGGGCUGGACAUUUUGGUUAUCGUCGAACAUAUUUAAAAGUAAAAGAUAAAUGUUGGUGGCCAAAUAUGAAACUUACAAUACACAGUUACAUCCAAACAUGCAUGUUAUGUCAAAAAUUUAACAUUAAUCGUAAAAAAUCUGCUGGUUUAUUACAUCCUAUUGAACCCCCUCACGGUCCUUUUCAAUUAAUCGGAAUCGAUUUUUCAGGUCCAUUUCCCACGACGCCUCAAGAAAAUAAAUAUGUCUUAGCUGUUACUGAUUAUUUUACUAAAUGGGUUAUAGCAGUUCCUUUACCAAAUCAAACUGCUCAAACAACUGCUGAAGCUUUAUUUGAACACUACAUAUGUAUUUAUGGUGUACCAAAUACAAUUUUGUCGGAUCAAGGUCCUCAUUUCAACAAUCAAUUAAUAAUCGCAUUUACACAAAUUUUAGGUUGUCAUCAUAUUAAAUCAACUCCUUAUCACCCUCAAACAAAUGGUGCAAUUGAACGAUUUAAUUCAACCUUUGAACGACAAUUAUCAAAAUUAACAAAUAAACAUAUUAAUGAUUGGGAUUUACAUUUAAAAUCUAUUGUUUUCGCUUACAAUACUGGCCAACAUGCAACAACAAAAUAUUCGCCAUAUCAGUUACAAUUCGGACGUCAACCUAAGUUACCACCAGAUCAACCAACAACAACUUAUCAAUUUUCAAAACCGAAUGAUUAUUUUCGUCAUCUCCAAAAAACAUUACAAUUGUAUCAUCAACAUGCAACAAAUAAUAUAAUUAAAGGUCAACAAAGUUAUAAACAGUAUUAUGACCGUAAUCGUCCUAAUUUAGUUUAUCAUGUUGGUGAUCAAGUACUUAAACAACUUACCACUCAACACACUAAACUAGGUGAACUUUAUUCUGAUCCUAUGAUCGUGGUUAAAAGUAAACAUCCAACUUAUUGGAUACAAGAUCCGAAAAAUCAUCAAACACAUCAAGUACACGUUUCUCAAUUACGAACUUGUCGUCUUCAUCAUUUGUGA